UCGACAAAAAAGGGUGGCUACACGCGACAACGCCGCGGCUGCUUGACCUGUCGGCAGCGCAAGAAGAAAUGCGACCAGGGUUUACCAAUUUGCGGGCACUGCUCACGACUUAACCUUGUUUGCAAGCACGAAAAGCCCCGGCAGUUGUCGAAUGCCUGGAGCGAGGAUGCCGUGGAAGAUUUGGGGGUUUCUCAGGCACAAUCAUACUGGCACUCUCAGCACCCCAUUCUUUCGCAGGGCGACCACAUUUCCGAAUUAUUGAGGCUAACGAAAAUAUCCGAGCCUCUGGACCUUGUGCGUCCUGACAAUCCUGUUGGUUAUGAUUGGAGCUCUAGUCGAAGGACCAUGAUGCGGUACUAUACUUCCACUCUCGCUAUUAUGCUAUCAGCAACCGCUGAAAACAACUGCUUUUUAUCAGUCUUAUUGCCGAUGGCAUUCGAUUGCCCUGCCCUCCUUGAUGCAAUGGCUGCAUGGUCAUCGGCCCACCUUGCCCUUCGGAACCCCAGUUUUCACGAUACUUCUCUUCAAUAUCGUGGCCGGGUUCUUGCUAACCUUAGCGCCGCCCUUCAAGACGGUAGCCUUUCUGGGGAAAUGUGCCUAGCUGUAGCUAUGGCCAUGUGCUCGAUGGAGACUAUCUCGGAUGCAACCAGCAGUAGUUGGGCACACCAUCUAUCGGGUGCUGCAGCAGCCUUGCAGUCCCAGGGUUCUGAUAUGCAAGUAGGCUCACUACAACCCCCACGAUCUGUUCUGAGCGAUUAUUGGCUUAAAUCAGUUGAAAGGAAGUGGCUCGUGAGGAAUUUUGCAUAUCAUGAUAUUCUCAUGAGCGUAUCUCUGGACAGAAGGCCUCUGAUUACGGGCGAUUAUUGGAUGUCUGCGGAUGAUGCCAUGGCGGAUCCCUACUUUGCUUUUGCGUCCAAGAUCAUGCUAUUGAUAUCUGAAAUCAGUGUUUUGAAUGCGGAUUGCGCAGAAUACAAGUCAUCUGUCGGCGGUGAUCUGGUUUUGGAUGAAGGCAACUCUGCACUCAUCUUCGAAGGGUUACCAUUGGAUUGCAACUACCAUACACCGCUUCAAAGAGCUCACCAUAUUGCCAUUGGUCUCCGAGACUGGAAAUGCAUUUGGGUGUACGUUGAGUCAGUUUGCGACGUUGCGCAAAGAGUACCCGAGGGGUCUCUAGCUGAGUGCUCGUUACUAUUCCCGCUUUUUAUUGCGGGUGGGGAGGCAAAAGAUACAGCGCAUAUUGAGCGUAUCAGGAAUAGACUGUACACAAUGAAUCAGUGGAGGAGAUUUCGGAAUGUCGAUGCUUGUAGGGAGGUAUUGGAAGAUGUUUGGAAGAAAAGGAAUGAAUCAGACGAGACCGAGAGGGUGGAUUGGAGGGAUAUCGUUCGACAACGGGGCUGGCAGCUCGCCCUGUCAUAA